UCGUCCCCAACUUAUCUACUUGCUCUCCAGCAGCAGCUGGGAAGGCAAAAGGAGCACAUCCACACGCGCUCCGUCAAGGUCAUGAAGCCCUCGCUGCUCCGGUGUCUGGUGUUUCUCUGCGUGCUGUUGCUGCCGCCUGCCCUGGGAGGGACAAAGAACAAGUACUCUCCGGGAGAACUGUUACUCGAGGAGUGCUGGGGACAGCCAAAAGCUAACGACUGUACCAAGAAGUGUUCUAGAACUUUCAAAUGUGUAUACAGAAAUCACACAUGCUGCUGGACCUACUGUGGUAACAUCUGUGCAGAAAAUGGGAAAUUUUUUGAAAGAAAGAAAUGACCCUGACUUCUCG